CCGCGCAGGCAGCCAGGCGGCGCUCCUGCCGGCCCCAGGCGCGCCGCUAGCCCGGCCCAGCGCCCAGCCCGGCGGGCGGCGGGCGGCGGCGGGCGGCGGGCGAGCCAGCGCAGGAGCAGGAGGAGGGGGAGCCGCGCCGCCUGGGAGGGAAGCCGGGGCGAGGCGAGGAGGUGGCGGGAGGAGGAGACAGCGGGGAAAGGUGUCAGAUAAAGGAGGGCUCUCCUCCGGUGUGGAGGCAUCAUGGCCGCUAAAUCAGACGGGAGGCUGAAAAUGAAGAAGAGCAGCGACGUGGCGUUCACCCCGCUGCAGAACUCGGACCACUCGGGCUCGGUGCAGGGAUUGGCUCCGGGCUUGCCGUCGGGGUCGGGAGCCGAGGACGAGGAGGCGGCCGGAGGCGGCUGCUGCCCGGACGGCGGCGGCUGCUCGCGCUGCUGCUGCUGCUGCGCCGGGAGCGGCAGCUCCGGGGGCUCGGGCGGCUCCGGCGGCGUCGCCGGCCCGGGCAGCGGCGGGGCGGGCUCGGCGCUGUGCCUGCGCCUGGGCAGGGAGCAGCGUCGCUACUCACUGUGGGACUGCCUCUGGAUCCUGGCCGCCGUGGCCGUGUACUUCGCGGACGUGGGUACGGACGUCUGGCUCGCCGUGGACUACUACCUGCGCGGCCAGCGCUGGUGGUUCGGGCUCACGCUCUUCUUCGUGGUGCUCGGCUCGCUGUCGGUGCAAGUGUUCAGCUUCCGCUGGUUUGUGCACGAUUUCAGCACCGAGGACAGCGCCACAGCCGCUGCUGCCUCCAGCUGUCCGCAACCUGGAGCCGAUUGCAAGACGGUGGUCGGCGGUGGAUCUGCAGCCGGAGAAGGCGAGGCUCGUCCUUCCACGCCGCAAAGGCAAGCAUCCAACGCCAGCAAGAGCAACAUCGCCGCGGCCAACAGCGGCAGCAACAGCAGCGGGGCUACCCGGGCCAGUGGCAAGCACAGGUCUGCGUCCUGCUCCUUCUGCAUCUGGCUCCUGCAGUCACUCAUCCACAUCUUGCAGCUCGGGCAAAUCUGGAGAUAUUUCCACACAAUAUACUUAGGUAUUCGAAGUCGACAGAGUGGGGAGAAUGACAGAUGGAGGUUUUACUGGAAAAUGGUAUAUGAGUAUGCGGAUGUGAGUAUGCUGCAUUUGCUAGCCACCUUUCUGGAAAGUGCUCCACAGCUGGUCCUGCAGCUCUGCAUUAUCGUACAGACUCAUAGCUUACAGGCCCUCCAAGGUUUCACAGCGGCAGCCUCCCUCGUGUCCCUGGCCUGGGCCUUGGCCUCCUAUCAGAAGGCCCUCCGGGACUCCCGAGAUGACAAGAAGCCCAUCAGCUACAUGGCGGUCAUCAUCCAGUUCUGCUGGCACUUCUUCACCAUCGCCGCCAGGGUCAUCACGUUUGCCCUCUUUGCCUCCGUUUUCCAGCUGUACUUUGGGAUCUUCAUCGUCCUUCACUGGUGCAUCAUGACCUUCUGGAUCGUCCACUGUGAGACAGAAUUCUGUAUCACCAAAUGGGAAGAGAUUGUGUUCGACAUGGUGGUGGGGAUUAUCUACAUCUUCAGUUGGUUCAAUGUCAAGGAAGGCAGGACACGCUGCAGGCUAUUCAUUUACUAUUUUGUGAUCCUUUUGGAAAAUACAGCCUUGAGUGCCCUCUGGUACCUCUACAAGGCUCCCCAGAUUGCAGACGCAUUUGCCAUUCCAGCGCUGUGUGUGGUGUUCAGCAGCUUUUUAACUGGCGUUGUUUUUAUGCUGAUGUAUUAUGCCUUCUUUCAUCCCAAUGGACCCAGAUUCGGGCAGUCACCAAGUUGUGCUUGUGAGGACCCAGCCGCUGCCUUCACUUUGCCCCCAGACGUGGCCACAAGCACCCUACGGUCCAUCUCAAACAACCGCAGUGUUGUCAGCGAGCGCGAUCAGAAAUUCGCAGAGCGGGAUGGGUGUGUACCUGUCUUUCAGGUGAGACCCACUGCCCCAUCCACCCCAUCAUCUCGCCCACCACGGAUUGAAGAAUCGGUCAUUAAAAUUGACUUGUUCAGGAAUAGGUACCCAGCAUGGGAGAGGCAUGUUUUGGACCGAAGCCUCCGAAAGGCUAUUUUAGCUUUUGAAUGUUCCCCAUCUCCUCCAAGGCUGCAGUACAAAGAUGAUGCCCUUAUUCAGGAGCGGUUGGAGUACGAAACCACUUUAUAAAGCAAAAGGAGUUGCAGGACCCACAACAUCCAGAUGAAGGGGUGACAGCAGGGCUGUGGCCAUAAUGACACUUCAUCCUAGGGCAGGGCAGUGAGCUGUGAAGUUCCUAGAGUGACCGUCAUCACCAUUAUCAUUUGAUCCUGUUGGCUGGGGGCAGCUGGUCUCCUUCCAAAACAGCUGCACCCAAGAGUCUCUGACUCCACCUGAAAGAAUGACGCUGGCUUAGUAGGACUCUCCAUUGCUACCAAACUCCUCCUGCACGGUCUUGGGUGCACCCACCAGAGGGUACUAUUAUUAUGGAAAAUUUUGCCUCCAAUCAUUAGGGUGUCUUGAUGGUGUUAACUGAUCUUUCCAUAAAAAUAGAUUCAGUCAUACACACAUACACACACUAACACCAGUCCUCUGUCAAAAAAGCUUAGGUGACUUUUUUUGAUGCAAAGCUCUGAUUCCCGCAGGAAUAUAAAAACAAAGAAAGAGAGAAAUAUCCCUCGAGAAAAAAAAAAUAGUAUUGCUUAGAAAAGAAUUCAUAAACCAUUUUCUCAUUUGGAAAUCCAUACCACGUGUGAAAAUCCUAUCCAAUGGACAGCAAACCCAAAUGUUGUUUACACAUGUGUUAGCAUUGAUGGAAUGGUUCAUUUUCUACACAUUUCAGGAUUUGUUUUAUAUUUUAAAUUUUCUGUUGUGAACAUCCUUUUUGACAGAAAUCCUAUGCAGCCCAUGUAUGGCUUUCGACAAGACCAAGGAGCUCAAUAACUUUAUGAUGUAAAUUAAAUAGUAAUCAUGAUUCAGUAUUCAAUUGCAAAAAUGUAAUAGGUACACAAAGAGGAAGUGGGGAAAAAGGCAAAAUGAGAGUCUGAUUCCCAGUCAUGUGCAGUGCCUAUUGGGACGUAACGGCAGUGCUGCAUGAACCAGAGGAAUGGGCUGCAACCGGAUCUGUUUCCAGACGCAGAAUGAGUGGCUCUGUGUGACAAUAGGCAGACGCCGACUCUGGAAGAGGCCGUGCCACUCCUUUCUAGUGCCAAACACCAUCCAACCACAGGACUGACGUGGAAGCCCCGAACAACUGAGAAUGAUUGGCAUGAGCCCCCUAAAAGCAGGCAAGAGAACGAGCAGUCAAGUUCUCCACUGUGUACAGACUUUUGCUCCCCGCAAUCCAAGGUCAAAGUGAUAUGUCUUUUAGAGGCUUUGGGACACUUUUUAGUAAGUAUGAGCAGACAGAUGCAAUGAAUAUGCUAUGAAAAAACCCUUCUGAACUGAUAGAGGGCUUAUCACUAUAUCCAGCUAAGAUUUGUAUUUGAAUCAUCUGUAAAGUCGCACUCUUACAACAAGCUUCUGGGUUUUAAAUACCUCCGUACAGCAAGUAAACGUUCCCCGCUUUCUGUUCUCAGUGUCCUUGGUCAUGGUGCUUUUCGUUGCAUUAAAAGUGCCGGUCAAACUUUGAUAGUAUUUUUUUAUAGUUGGUGCAGAGUGGAAUAACUCAUGGAUUAUUUCAAUAUUUUUGUAAUAAAAAAUAUAGGGUAUACACAUAGGCAUCAUCACUUUUUUUAUAGACCUGGAAUCGUUUAAAACACUUUAAGCGUCAUAAUUACUUGGGAUGUCAGAAACUGGUCCACAAAUUCCAUCAGCCUGCCUCAGCAGAUUGAAAACAUUUGUCUCUUGCAAGAUCACCCUACUUUGCAAGUUGGUGCCCCCAGGAACCUGGCCAGGGGUGCUAUCAGAAUAUCAGGUGAAGAGAGAAUCAGCUUAAAUAGAAAGGGCUUGUCAAGACUGGCCAAUGUUUCCCAGGAAAUCAAAGAUGUAAAUGAUUACUUUCAUCCAUCCAUUAUAACAAACCUGACCACAGUGGAAGAUGUCUUAAACUUCCUUCCCUGGUUUUAUAUUAACCCAACUGAUAGAUUAAGUAUUAGUCAAACCACCAAAAAAGAAAAAGAAAAAAAGUUUAACUUAAUUAUUUGGUUAUUUGGACUAAUUCACAUAAGGUAGUCCAGUUCUCUAGCCACCACCUGUAAUGGGUGUGUCAUCCAGAGACUGUGUCCCCACAAUGACAUCACAGGAAGUAACAGAGGGCUCAACCUAGGACUUCUUUUGGUACAAAGCCCCAAAUCAAUUUUUUAAAAAAAAUAGACAAUUUUUAUAAGUAGACAUACUUCCUAGUACUCCAUGAUUUGAUCCUCCAAGCAAGAUUUCCACUAAAAAAUACUAAUCUUUUGUUGGGAUGUGGGAAGAUUACCUAGUCACCAGUAAAGGCCCAGGAAAAGGCUCUUGUUGUCAGCACAUGGUGAAAACAUUCCACCCCCCAUUGUAGAAGGAAAAAAAUGAUGAUUUUGGCAAAUUCUUCACUUUUGUGCAGAACCUUGAGUUAUUAGCUUCGUUGUUUCCAAGACAACUUUUAACUGAUGAUCUUUGGAAAUUGAGUUUCUCAGUUGAACUAUACCUUUGAUUCUAUGAGUAAAUCACAGAUUACAAUCUAAUAGAGUCAAUCGAUCAACACAAACCCAACAGGCCCCAUCAUGCUUCAAUCAUGUAAGUUCUAAGUUAUUUCUCAACUUGAUCUCUCAUUCAACAUGUUAAGAGUCAGAAUGAAUACUAUGUCAAUUAAAAAUGAUGUACUGUGCUUUGACUUGGAGGUGAGAUUGGCAGUCAGGAGAAUGUAAGAAGGUUGAAUUUUUCAGUGAUUUCCCAAAUACUGUAAAUACUCUGUUAUCCAACAUACUUGGAGAUUAUGAUAUUUUAAUUCGGCAUGAAUUCUUGUUAAGGAAAGAACAUAUCAACGAUGUGAUGAAUUACAACCUUUCAAAAGAUUACGAGAGCAAAACAACUUACUCUAGAGGUAAAUCAUGAUUUAGCCUUGCUUCCAUGAUUCAGGAAGCAAUACACUGCCACCAGACUGUUGUGGUGAUAAUAACUUUUACUCGUUUUGUAGAGGCACAGAUAACAGAGAGUUUAAAGUAUUCAGAUUUAAAGAGACAUCGUCAAUGUACAAAGAAACAAAGUUUAAUUUUUGUAUUUAUAUUUUAAUUCUAACAUUUCCUUUUCAGUCUGCCAUUAAACCCUCCACAGACAGUAACCGGAGAAUCCCAAAGGAAAAAAAUUGGAAAUGGUGCAUUCCUUAUGUGCAGGCUCCUUUCCAUGUCUGAGUCCACUUUGAUUCCAUUUAAGAGGGAGAUCUGCUCUUACUCACUUUUUGCAUAGGAUCAGGAAAUUUUCGAAAGGAACAACAUUGUAAUUUGUUUUACUUUUAAACUUGCAUUUCUAAAUAUGAAAACAUGUUUAAUGAAUAUAUAUAAUGUGUUUGUGUGUAUCUUAACCAUAGUGACACUUUGUUUGUGUGAAAGAAAAGGAAAUAAUUUUUCCAUGUAAGUCAAAAUCUCGCAAAAUGACCAUGUCCUUUAAAUCCUCUUUGCUUAUUUACUUAACUAUGUACUGUCUCGUUCAGUAACAUUCUUUGCAGACACUUAGUUACUACUCAUUUAUGAUAAACGCUGUUAACCCAACAAAUAUAAUAAAUUCUCUUACUGACAUGGCAAGAAUAUAUAAUUCAAGUAUUAGCAAAAGAUAAUCUGAAGAUAAAAGUAAAAUGAAGUAUUUAUGGUUAAUUUCAAAAUGCCCAAUUUAUUUUGCUCUAUGAGUAAAGGAAGUGAUUGCACAGACCAAUUAAAAGUGAAUUAGAGUAAUUGAAAACUCAAUGGCUGUUUUUUAAAAAAUAUGCUCUUUUUAAGUGUGUGUGUGUACAUACAUAUACGUGUAUAUAUGUACACGUAUAUGUAUGUACACACACACUUUCCAACUAAAGUAACAGAGAUGAAAAGGAUAAAGUAUAUACUGCUUUUGAAUGCAUAUAAAGUGGUAUGUUAUGCAUAUAAAGUGUACAUAAGCUUUUUAGAAAAGAAGCAUUUUCCUACUGCUUUUUCAAAACCAACCCAAGCUUACAGUCCAUCUAUAAGACCAACACACUUAUGAACUUCAGUUGGAAAUACCUAGAUAUAAUUCAGCACUUCUUAGCUCGAAUGAGUUUUAUCACUUCUUAAGGAUCUCAUCUUUUAAACAGCUGAAUAAAAUAGUUCUGUGUGACUUCAAAGUUUCUUUCUCUGAACAGAUUGAAUUGAGCAAAGAAAACCUCUUCUGUCCUUACCAGGAUUGUGUAAGGUUACACAUUUGCUUUUAAAUAUACCAAAUGCCAUUGAAUGGAAACAAGUUCUGACACAAUGUUUAGACAAGAAUCCAGAGAUUUUUUCUAAUGAACCAUUUUCUAGACUAAAUAUAUGCUCCCUUGCAUUUUCCACAUAUCUUUGCCAUUAGCUAUUGCAGUUUCUAUAUAAAGCUUGGAUGAGAUGCCUGCAUUUUUAUGUGCUAAGGAGAAUUCCUUAAAGCCUUUUUAAAAAUAGCUCAUACUGUCACUCAGAUUAUAGCUCAGAAGAUGGUUGAAGCACAUGGUGAAAACACAGCAGGACUGGGGUGGUCAUUCCUAUAAUUUCAGUGACAGAGGCAGAUCAACGUUCCUUUGUCUUGGCAAUCCAAUGUCAUUUUUGAAAACAAUCAAAAUGAUCGCUUGUGUCAGCUUCUGACUCGUAACAUUCCUUCUCCCACCUGAUGCUCCAGUGUUUCAAAAUGGCCAAGGAUGGGUGAUUCCACUCUAUCCCCCAUUUCUGAGACUCUUGUCUGGACCUGUAUCAGGCCAUGAAAUGCCCUGAGCAUUCGAGUGGCAUCUCUCCUCUUCACAUAGGCACCUGGGUGGCAGCAUCAGGCCACUCCAGAGUUCUCUGUGUUGACAUAUGUCUUGUCUAGUUGCUGUCCUAAAAAUGGGCACCUGGCAAGACUAUCAAUCAACAGCCUCGACAGUAUCAUUACUCAUUCUAAAGUAAAACUGCAGAAUGUGGGUGGAAUUGUAUAAAAACAUAAUGAGCCAUUUAAUUUUGCUAAUUGAAGCAAUUAGGCUAGCACACAAGCAGCCGGCUUUCACGGCAGAAAGCCACAUGGAAGAAGUGCCAAACAGCCAUUUGCAUUUAUUUAUAUAUAUAUAUAUAUACACACACACACACACACACACGCGCGCGCGCGCACACACACACACACACACACACACACACACAUAUAUAUAUAUAUACACAUUUAUAGCAGGCAGUGACCUAGCCCCCAAAUGUAAAGCUUUAGUCAAACUUGAGGCCUAUAUUCUGCAAAACAAGAGAUGACAAUGUCCUUGAAAUAUUUUCAUAAUAUACUGACGGCCUAAGUCAGAAACAAGCUGCCUAAAUCAAGUCUUGCUUUCGGUUAUUUCAUUUCCCCAUAGACUUUCUUACGGUUCUAUCUCCCAUAUUGAGAGUAGCUCAUCACGAUGGAUGGUUUAUUGGGCAUGUAGUGCUGGACUAAGAACUGUAUCUAUGUGGUUUCAUUUAGUCUUCACUGUCAUCUGUGAGUUAAGCACCAUUUACAGAUGACAAAACUUUGGCUUAGAGAUGUCAAGCAUCUCUAAGCUAGGAAACAGUGGGGCUGAGGGUUGAGCACAGCUUUCAACAACUGCGACUUCUGGGAGCCCAGUGACUCUUCCCACAAAAUCUAGUCCUGAUUUGGCAAGUCUUCGAAGAAGGAGAAUCAUGGUCUGAUGAUCAAAAUUUCCCAAGAAAAUUUUAUUUAAAAAUCAAAGAUGUCCUUCAAAAUGAACAGUUAAAAAUGUAACAGUCAAUGAUGUGAAAUGGAAGUCUCUAUCACCUGUAACUAAAUUUUACCUUAACUCUCUAACUCAUAGUAGGCAGAUAAAUGCUAUUCUCCCAUUCCAGGCAACUGUCCUCCUCCUAUGGCUCUACUAUGUAUUCAAUUAAGUGAUAAACAUAAAUUAACGUGAUGCCACGUCCCUCGUAUUUUAUAUGUGUAUGCUGUUUUCAUCCAAUUAAGCAGACUGAAAAAAAACUAAACCCCAUUGCUUACUUUGGCAUUUUAACAAGAUAGAGAGAGAAGAAAAGAAAGAGGGAGGGAGAGACGGAGGGAAGGAAGAAGGAAGGAAGGAAGGAAGGAAGGAAGGAAGGAAGGAAGGAAGGAAGGGAGAUCUAACAAGUCUUUGAAAUGAUGUUUUUAAAUUAUAAGGUAAUUCUGUUUCACUGCCAUAAUUUUUCCUAAAUUUUAUUUAAUAUCUUGCAGGUCACAAAAUUUAAUAUUUAAGAGGAUUAUUAAACCACUAGCUUGAACAAUCGUAUAAGUCUAGGAACCUUAUCUUAGUGUUAGAUGCAAAUAAUACUGCAAGUGUGGACCAAAUAUUUGUUGAAUGGAAUUAUAAAAUAAUUGAUGUGUUCUUUCCCUUCUCACUUUAGAUGUAGCAUGUCUGAAGGUCUGCAAGAUGACAGAGUUGUAACCCAUUCAAUGAUACUGUUGCCUAGUAAGCUGUGUGUGUGCUGUUUGAACUGAUACUAAAAAGGUAGCCGAUAAUAAACCAAAAAUUUUCUCAA